ACUGAUUGUUAUUAUAGAUAACAGUUUAAAUAUGAAUCAAAAUAAAAUUAAUGUUAGUUGUAUUAAUUAUUCCUUUGCGGAAUGUAGUUAACAUGACGUCGUCUUUCUUCAAUGCGUUCGUAGUACUUUUAAGUUUCGUUUUAGUUAUUAAAGUUUCAGCAAUAGACUUCAGGAUAAUAGGAGGUUUACACGCGCCUGAAGAAUAUGGAAGGUUUCAUGCGUCUGUUCAGAAUUUGACUGGACAUCACGUUUGUGGUGGAGCUGUGGUGUCCCAGUGGUUUGUGGUUUCUGCAGCCCAUUGUGUUCAUAAAGCAAACCCUCGUUUUAUGAAAAUAGUAGCAGGCACUAACAAUUUAGAUGUUGGGGGUAAAAGAUGUGACGUUUCUAGAAUAAUCGUGCACCGACGAUACAAUUCCACUAGCAGACAACACGAUAUUGCACUUCUCAAAACGAAAAGUCCAUUUGAUUUUGAAAUUAUUAAACCUUUGAAAUUAAGUAAACGGGAACUUCAUGAAGGCGAUGAGAUUGUUCUGGUUGGAUUUGGUGCUAGUGAGCCACAUGGAUCUUCGAGUCGCAUUAUGUACACUUUAGAAAUGCCAGUUUUUAAUCAAGAAAUAUGCGAAUAUGCUAUGAGAUAUUCGAGACCGGUCACCAAAGAAAUGUUUUGCACAUUCACGCAGAUUGGUCAGGGAACAUGCCACGGAGAUUCUGGCAGUCCAUUAGUGAUAGGUAAUGAGCUCGUUGGCAUAGUGUCUUGGGGAAUUCCUUGCGCCGUAGGAUUCCCAGACGUCCAUACAAGAUUGGCUCCGUACGUUGACUGGAUUAAGAUGCAUAUUCGCGAAGGCUAUUGCGGUGCUCCCAAGCGCCAAUUUUUUAUGCAAAGUAAUGUAAGUAAUCAGCAAUAAAAGGUCGGUGUUAAGUUGCAAUAUUAACUUUAUUAACGAAAUAAUAUAUCUGUUCUUACUGUUAUGAGUGCUUAAUUUAUUUUCUUAAAUCGUUUGAAAUGUUCCAUGUUUAUCUGAAAUUGUAAAAAAUAAAUUUAUCAACAUUAUAAUAUCGAGAAUCCUGUACCUAGUCAUAAAGUAAUUAAAGCUAUGAUUCAAAUACGUA